AUGCCAUUCUACAGUGAUUCAGAUUUGGCACGAAAAUUCUUUGAUUCGAUCGACUCGACUUUACCAUUCUCGAUGGAAUAUGACGAUAAAGUGCAGUUCAAAGAAUACUGGACCUCUGCUUUGAAGAAAUACUACUUGAAUGAUUUGACCGCAAGCAAAGAUGUGCUUUUACGUAACUUGACACAUAUUGUCGGCGAUAUUGUGAUCACUUGUCCCAUGCACACCGCACUACAGCAGCACCUGGCUGUCGCCAAACGACCGCAAUACCUCUACCGUUUUGAAUACGAGGGCACCUUCAAAUUCAGUUACCUUUACGCCGGUCAUCGUGUAAAUAAUUAUGGUGUGGCGCAUGGUGACGAACUCCUUUACCUCUUUCCAGCCCGUAGUUCGUAUUUUGGACCCCCUGAAUACAAAAAAAACGAGAAUGAUUGGAAAAUGGUCGAUAUGAUGGUAGAGUUGUGGACAUCUUUUGCUACCACUGGAACUCCGAGUGCAUCAAUGUUCAAUGGAACGAAGAUAUGGGAGCCAUUUUCCUCGCGCAAUAAUUACCUUCAAAUAGGUAAUGGAGGUCAGUUGACACUCGAAAAUAAAAGCGGCUUCCUUACAGCCAGAAUGCAGUUUUGUAAGGAGCUGUAUGCCAACACGACGUGGGUUUAGCAGCUGU